AUGUCGCGGACUGGUAGAAUGGCUUCGGAUCUUAGCAGAACCGGCCCUGUGGAAAGAGACAUUGAGCAGGCCAUUACUGCUUUAAAGAAAGGGGCCUGCUUGCUCAAGUAUGGAAGAAGAGGAAAGCCCAAGUUUUGCCCCUUUCGUCUUUCCAAUGACGAAUCUGUUUUGAUAUGGUUCUCAGGGAAAGAAGAGAAACACCUUAAACUGAGUCAUGUCUCUAGAAUUAUAUCUGGACAACGCACACCUAUCUUUCAAAGAUAUCCACGACCUGAGAAAGAAUAUCAGUCAUUCUCUCUUAUCUACAAUGAUCGGUCACUGGACUUGAUAUGCAAGGAUAAAGAUGAAGCUGAAGUCUGGUUCAGUGGUUUGAAAGCAUUAAUUUCCCGUGGCCAUCACCGGAAGUGGAGAACAGAGUCAAGAAGUGAUGGUAUUCCAUCUGAGGCUAAUAGUCCUCGAACAUACACUAGAAGAAGUUCUCCAUUAAAUUCUCCCUUUGGCAGUAAUGAAAGCCUGCAAAAGGAUAGUGGGGAUCACCUUCGCCUUCAUAGCCCAUACGAGAGCCCCCCUAAGAAUGGUUUGGAUAAAGCAUUAGAUGUGGUUUUGUAUGCUGUCCCUCAAAAGGGUUUCUUCCCUCCAGAUUCUGCCAGUGCUUCAGUACAUUCUGUGUCGUCUGGAGGAUCAGACAGUAUGCAUGGUCACAUGAAGACAAUGGGUAUGGAUGCUUUUAGAGUUAGUCUAUCAAGUGCUGUUAGCACAUCUAGUCAAGGUUCUGGUCAUGACGAUGGUGAUGCUCUAGGGGAUGUUUUCAUUUGGGGGGAAGGCACAGGUGAUGGUGUUCUGGGUGGUGGGAAUCACCGAGUUGGGAGUUGUUUGGGUGUAAAAAUGGAUUCUCUAUUUCCCAAAGCCUUGGAAUCUGCUGUAGUUCUUGAUGUGCAGAAUAUUGCUUGUGGUGGACGACAUGCGGCCCUAGUGACCAAACAAGGUGAAAUUUUCUCUUGGGGGGAGGAAUCAGGCGGCAGACUCGGGCACGGUGUUGACUCUGAUGUUCUUCAUCCAAAGCUUAUAGAUGCUCUAAGUAAUACAAAUAUUGAACUUGUGGCUUGUGGGGAAUAUCAUACAUGUGCUGUGACGCUUUCUGGAGAUCUUUAUACAUGGGGUAAUGGCACAUACAAUUAUGGACUUCUAGGACAUGGAAAUCAAGUGAGCCACUGGGUACCAAAGAGAGUAAAUGGCCCCUUGGAAGGAAUACAUGUUUCAUAUAUUUCUUGUGGACCAUGGCACACUGCUGUUGUGACAUCUGCUGGUCAAUUAUUUACUUUUGGUGAUGGUACAUUCGGUGCUUUGGGUCAUGGAGACCGAAAAAGUGUUUCAUUACCAAGGGAAGUAGAGUCCCUCAAGGGUCUUCGUACUGUACGGGCUGCGUGUGGUGUUUGGCAUACGGCUGCAGUUGUGGAAGUCAUGGUUGGAAAUUCAAGCUCCAGCAACUGCUCUUCAGGGAAGCUGUUUACAUGGGGUGAUGGAGACAAAGGUAGACUUGGGCAUGGUAGUAAGGAAGCAAAACUUGUUCCAACCUGUGUUGCCCUCAUCGAACCCAAUUUUUGUCAAGUUGCUUGUGGACAUAGUCUCACUGUUGCACUUACCACCUCUGGCCAUGUUUAUACAAUGGGUAGUCCUGUUUAUGGCCAGUUAGGAAAUCCUCAAGCUGAUGGGAAGCUACCAAUCCGUGUUGAAGGGAAAUUGUCAAAGAGUUUUGUGGAGGAGGUAGUUUGUGGUGCAUAUCAUGUUGCGGUUUUAACUUCAAGAACUGAAGUUUACACUUGGGGGAAGGGUGCAAAUGGGCGUUUAGGCCAUGGGGAUACAGAUGAUAGAAAUUCCCCAACAUUAGUAGAAGCUCUGAAGGACAAAGAUGUCAAAAGUAUUGCUUGUGGAACUAAUUUCACUGCAGCUAUAUGUCUGCAUAAGUGGGUUUCUGGUGUUGACCAGUCUAUGUGUUCUGGCUGUCGAAUGCCAUUUAAUUUCAAAAGAAAACGCCACAAUUGCUAUAAUUGUGGAUUUGUUUUUUGCCAUUCAUGUAGCAGUAAGAAGUCUCUUAAGGCUUCAAUGGCACCAAACCCCAACAAACCUUAUCGUGUCUGUGAUAAUUGUUUUAGUAAACUUAGGAAAGCAGUAGAAACUGAUUCUUCAUCUCAUUCUUCUGUGAGCAAAAGAGGAAGUGUCAAUCAUGGGGCUCUGGAGUUAAUUGAUAAAGAUGAUAAAUUGGAUUCCAGAUCUCGCAACCAACUUGCCAGGUUUUCUUCAAUUGAAUCCUUCAAACAAGUGGAAAGCAGAUCUUCUAAGAAAAACAAGAAGUUGGAAUUCAACAGCAGCCGUGUCUCCCCUGUUCCAAAUGGGGGUUCUCAAUGGGGAGCAUUAAAUAUCUCUAAAUCUUUCAAUCCUGUUUUUGGAUCAUCGAAGAAAUUUUUCUCAGCCUCUGUUCCUGGAUCUAGAAUUGUUUCCCGAGCAACAUCCCCAAUAUCUAGACGGCCUAGUCCACCUCGAUCAACUACACCGACCCCAACACUAGGAGGUCUUACAUCCCCAAAGAUAGUCGUGGAUGAUGCUAAGAGGACUAACGAUAGCCUCAGUCAGGAGGUUAUUAAAUUAAGAUCACAGGUGGAAAACCUGACUCGGAAGGCCCAACUUCAGGAAGUUGAGUUGGAAAGAACAACUAAACAGCUAAAAGACGCAAUAGCAAUUGCCGGGGAAGAAACUGCCAAAUGCAAAGCAGCAAAGGAAGUAAUAAAGUCACUCACUGCUCAGUUGAAGGACAUGGCUGAGCGACUACCUGUAGGAGCUGCUAGGAAUUUGAAAUCACCGUCUCUUUCUUCUGUUGGUUCCAAUCCUUGUCCCAAUGAUGCUAACUAUGCUUCCAUUGACCGAUUAAAUAUUCAAGCAACAAGUCCAGAGGCAGAUUUAACUGGAUCAAACAACCAGUUACUUUCAAAUGGAUCAAGCACAGUUAGUAACCGUAGUGAAGGUCACAAUAAACAGAUCCAGUCAGAUUCAACAAAUAGGAAUGGGAGCAGAACAAAAGACAGUGAAUCACGCAGUGAAAGCGAAUGGGUCAAGCAAGAUGAACCUGGUGUUUAUAUUACGCUCACUUCCCUUCCAGGAGGUAAAAUAGAGCUCAAGAGAGUUCGCUUCAGUCGGAAGAGGUUCAGUGAGAAGCAAGCAGAGCAAUGGUGGGCUGAGAAUCGCGCAAGAGUAUAUGAACAGUACGAUGUGCUCAUGAUUGACAAGUCUUCUGUUGGUGUUGGGAAUGAAGACCUAGCUCAUUGA